AUGCUGGCCGGCGAUGGGCAGGUAGCCGAACUCUUCCUAGGGAUAUCUGCUAACAAACAUCAGCUCUUUGUCUUCGAGGCUACAUUGCCCAUGAACUGCUUGACAUACACAUACUUCUGUUUACCAGACUAUCCGCUGACCGUCAAGUUCCUGAGGGAAAACGAGUACGCAGCCAUCUUGUCUGAUCUACCACAGCAAGCAUCCAUCAUGUACGCGGAAACGUUCAACGCAGAUCAGAUCAAGUCUUUGUUCAAAAUUGCAACUUUCGUCCCGUUCCUGAUGAUCUGGGCAACGCACGGAAUCGAUGGAUGGGGCAUAUCGUUCGUUCUUCCAACUGUCAUCCACGAGUUAGUCAUCUGCAAUAUAGCCAUAUCUCAAAUCCUGACUAUACCACCUUUCACACUCGUAUUCCUCAUUCUCGUGAGUCUCGCAUACUUGAUCCAUAACAGGCGUCUUUUGCCUUGGGUCGCUGGUGUUGGAAUUGAGGGCACAUAG